GCGAGGGAGGAGGGAGAGCGCGCAGUCCCAGCCCAGAGCUUCAAAACAGCCCGGUGGCCGCGCGUCGCGCCCCAGCCCGUCCGUCCGUCCAGCCACCAGCGCCCGCGUCUCUCCCUCUCUGUCUCUCUGGGCUCGAAGCGUGACUCCUCGCCCCACCGCGCCCGGUGAAAAUGUUGGUGCUUCUGGCUUUCAUCAUCAUCUUCCACAUCACCUCUGCUGCACUGCUGUUCGUCGCCACCAUCGACAAUGCCUGGUGGGUAGGAGAAGAGUUUUUUGCAGACGUCUGGAGAGUGUGUGUCAACAACACGAAUUGUACAGAAAUCGAUGCGACCUAUCAGGAUUACCCCACGAUGCAGGCGGUCCAGGCCACCAUGAUCCUGUCCACCAUUCUCUGCUGCAUCGCCUUCCUCAUUUUUGUGCUCCAACUCUUCCGCCUCAAGCAGGGAGAGAGGUUCGUGCUGACCUCCAUCAUCCAGCUCAUGUCAUGCCUUUGUGUCAUGAUUGCGGCUUCCAUAUACACAGACCGGCGUGAAGACCUUCACAAGAGCAACUCCGAUUUCUACCAACAAGUUCAGGAAGGCAGCUAUGGCUACUCCUUCAUCCUGGCGUGGGUGGCCUUCGCCUUCACCUUCAUCAGUGGCCUCAUGUACCUGAUCCUGAGGAAACGCAAAUAGAAGCCCAGGAUCGAGGUCGCUUUUGCUGCAGUACAAAAAUCUACGUUCAGAUAACCGUUUUGUAUAUAAUCAAUUUUUUGUGUGCGGUUUUUCUAGCAAACAUAUUGUUUCCUUUAAAAGCCAAAAAGAAAAAAAAAAGAGAGAGAGAGAGAAGAAUUUUGCAUUCUUGAGAUCAGAGAAUAGACGAUGAAGGCUGGGAUGCGGAAUUCCUGCCCAUCUGAAAGUCUCAACGAGACCAAGCCCCCAAUCCAGCAAUGCUCAAGUCCAAAAACAUUCAGCAGGAAGUUUCUUAACCCUGGGGAUGUGAUGUGAUGUGACAAGAGACCAAGAACUCCAGGUCUCAGGGGGACAUCCUUCCCUAGGUGUGAGCUGCGCUGGGCCCCUCCACCCCCAGCUCAGCCUCCCCUCCCCCUUCUGUCUGUGUUAGGAUUGGAGGUGGGGUGAGGGGUGAAGCCUGCUCAGAUCUUUAGCCAAGUUCCAUGUGAGAAACAGGUGUCACCCCUGUGUUGUGUCUAUAUCCAGACCAAAGCCUCCUGUGCUGGGCUGGGUCAAGAAAGUACCACCCACCUUUGGUGACACUGUUACCGGCUUGCCUUAGGGGAGGCAAUCAUUAACUUGGGGUUGGAUUUAGGCUCACCUUCCUAAGGCAAAGAAUCUCAGCGUGAUCCCCAGCAAACAGUAGUAACAGGGGCCCUCCCUAGAGGCUUCAGGGAUGGGGCCUGGGCACCUGCAUUUCUAACAAGCUCCUUGGGGACGCAAAGCUCCUUGAAGCUGAGGACCACGGCCCUGGGGCCAGGAGAGCAGAGCCGCCUCAUAAAUGUUAAAGAUCUUGUUGUGUCCAGAUGGUGAAUGCCGGCCUCUGCUGGCCUCCAUCACCCGGCCUUCCCCAUCUGUCCCGCAGCUGCUCACAGGUGGGCCUUCCCAACAGCAGCCCCGCCCCACACCCCCACAGCCAGCCAGACAGCCUAGGGGUGCUGCUGCCUCCCUCCUCCUCUCAGUAGGAAGGCCCCGCCCUCCUCCUCCUGCCCUGCCUUCUAAGGCUUGCUGGCCUCAGUGGACCCACCCACCGUUCCUUCAACAGCGUAGAUUGCGGAGGGCUUGGUGCCUGCCCAGCACCGGGGAUGCCAUGUGGGUAGGCUCUUCUGGGGCUCGCCGUCCCGUGGAGAGGGCAGCUGGAAACUUACGAAAAGUAAUCGCACAGUGAGGAAGGCGGCAGAGAACACAACCAGGGGUUCAAAAGCGAAGCUCAUGGGUAGGGGGCAGACUGCUCUGUCCCUGCCCAUCCCAGAGGCACUCAGAUGGGCUGAAAUACCACUCCAGCCAGCCACGCGGAGUGCCUUCACUGGGCGGUGUGGUCUGGGUUACCUCCAGAGGACACGUCUCUGGAUCUGGAGGGGCCCGGCGUCCCGACUGCAAACGAAGCCAGUGAGAAGCUUCCAGAUGGCUGUGGCUUUCCACUUCGGUGCGCACACUGACCCCCAGGGAACGUGCUUCGGCAGGGUCUGGGUGAAGGGCGCUCCGGGCGAUUCUGAGACCAUCUUGUGGGGUGCCAGGGUGGUGGCGGCGGGGCGGGGCGGGGCGGGUAGUUUGUCCUUCAGUGUGGGAACAGUGUUUCUGUGUGCGGCCAGGCAGGUGACCCCAGGAAAGGCCCGUGGAGAAGCUCUCUGCACCUCGCUGUGUGUAGCCUCCCAGUUGUUGGGUGUGCUGCUGGGGCCGUGUGGGGGACCCACCCACCCCCUCUCGGUGCUGGUGCCACGUACGUGCUUUUGCUCCUGACCUUCAUCAGCAUCAGCCCGGGUCCCAUGGAGCUGGGAAGAUGUCUGGUUUGAGUGAUUUAGGGCCACCACGGACACCAGAGCAGGAUUGGGUUUUCUCUCCAUCCACUCAUUCACUCGCUCGUUUAUUUUCAACAGACUAGUCAGUGCUUACUAUGUGCCAGGCACUGGGUGAGGCACAUAGCCUCACUGGGUGAGGCUCUCAAAACACAGGGCAAACGAAUUCAGACAGACUCUCUGAGACAGGACCCCAACACUGUGCAGGGUGACAUAGGGACAGAGACAGGACCAGUGCCUCCACGGAAAACCCGUUACCCCUGCUGUGGGUAGGGAGGGUCGGUCACACCCCUGGGGUUUGCACAAUGCUACGUGAGCCUCAAGGAGGAAGGUGGGGCAACGUGCCCCAGGGCUUCUCACCCGGGUGGCUUUUCUAGAUUUUUCUUGUAGCCACAGUGGAAACAAACAAAAAGUCUUAGAGCCAGGAGUCUGGAAAGCCUACUCCGCCAGGCAGUGUGUGAAUAUCAUUCCCCCAAACUUGAGCAUCUGUGACAACCCCAUGGAUUUUUCUAGCUGGUCGCCACAUCCAUCUGUGACACCAAGGUUUUGUGAAAUAUGAGAGCUGCUUUCCCCCGCGACCCCCGACCCCGCCGGUGGCGUGACCUGCACUAGGAAAGCGGGGAGGACAAAACUGUCCGAAUUUCUGACCUGUAGGCAGAACCAGCCCUCCCUCGGUGCUUGUUAUCAGUUACCCAACACAGCAAAUUAGCUGAGACACCCAAGAAGCAAAUAUUAGGACCAAACAUGUUACUCGUAACAACCGUAUUUGAAGGAACUGUAGUUUGCGCCUUUUAGAACAUUUUUAUAAAGUACUGUAAUUCUCGCGUGGAGGGGCUAUGGAUGGAGACAGACUAACUUGUUUUGUUAUUUGCAUUAAAAUUACUUUGGGUCUCUGUUCA